AUGGAACAGCCCCGACUACGAAGUAGGAGUAAUAGUCCUGUACCACACCAAGAGGAAUUUUACGCGGGUGUUGCCUCCCUAGGACUUGGUGAGGCCAACAACUCCGCACUUGACUCCUCUUCAUACUACCGGGUAGCUUUGGGAUGCUCUAGAGUUAUGACAAAGCUGACAGGUCUUUCGAAUGCCGCCAAGGUUGGCAUCGGCCUUGGGAUUUCUAUUGGCGUGUUCCUUGCUGCCACUCUGGCAUUUGGUUGCUUUUGUCUUCAACGACGGAAGCGACAGCAGCAAAACAACGCCGCAGAAUAUUCACCCUGUCGUCAACAGCUGGACAGCCAAAAUGAUGAAGGUGGCAAAAGACAAAACCAAACUAUGUCCUUGUCCAGUUGGGCUUCAAUAGCCAUGGAUUCAUGGUAUUAUGAGACAAUCGCACUCUGCUUUAGUAUUGCGUGCUUCAUGGCCACUAUAUGUGUACUGGAAGUGUACAAUCAACAGUCAACCCCACAAUUCUCGUAUGGACUUACGCUGAAUACUGUGAUUUUAGUACUUGCAACUGCGUCCAAAUCAUCCUUGAUAUUUGUCGUUGGCGAAUGCAUCGGUGAAUUGAAGUGGAUUUGGUUUCGAGAUGUCUUAGAGCCACUCUCAAAUCUCCAGGCGUACGAUAGUGCUAGCCGUGAACCCUGGGGCUCGAUUUUGAUCUUGUUAAACGACAAAGGCCGCUCUCUUGUUUCCAUCGGGGCUUUGAUUACUGUUCUAGCCCUCGCCUAUGAUCCGUUCGUUCAGCAGAUCUCCGACUUGCCCCUCAGGCAAUUGCACCUGGCCCAUAUUCUAUUCAACGGAGCUAUGCAGCAGAUGUGA